UAAAAAUCCAUUCGAUUCCACCCUGUUGCAAUCCAAUCCGAUCCGAUCCAGUCCGAUCCAAUUCCAUUUCAGUUGACACAAAUCCGGGACCACAAUGGCCUUUGGGAAGACGAACACAAAAACCAUCGCGGCGGCGGCCACGGCUUUCUUCCUGCUGUCGUGCCUAGGCARCGCCGAGUUCUUUGCCGCACCGACCCUGAAGUGGUCGCUCCAGCUGGAGGGAUCGGGGCGUCUCAGUGGCCGCGGCCUGCGCAAGGGAAACGCCAUCGUGGCCCACGGCGACGGCACRAAAAUCGUGGCUACCGCUGAUGACGGAAGCCUCCACGUGAUCCAAACCACGAACCAGGUCAAGACYCUCGCGGUCUUUGUUCCGGAGGARCUCUCCGGGAGGCAGACGGAGUGUCGAUCGGGASCCACCGUGGUCGAGAAGAACCAGCAGGCCGGGCUCUACGCUUCCUCCGAAACAGAAGGAGCAACGCCCGUGCGAAACGGCGUGGACUUUGUCGUCUACGCGGUGGUGGACAAGACGAUCCUCCCGGACGUUGGAAUCUUCGAAGCGGGGAUCAUGAACUCGGGCGUCGUCGACAGGGGCGACGGCGUCACGAGCCGUGUUCUGGCCGUUGGCAUGGACGGAGUUCUCCUCUGGAGCGUCGAGGUUCCCGGAUGGAUCGAGGGAAAGCCCCUCGUGGGAAGGGACGGAAUCUACGUGACCCACAACGACAAUGGCCUGGGAAACGUUUCGGUCCUCAGGCUCCAGCCGGGGGACGGAACUCCCGUCGUUGUGGCCACGGUCACUCCUCCCGCUGCCGAACGGGGCCGAAUGGUUCCCCUGGGACCACCGGCGCUCCGGAAGCCGAUGUACUGGGAAGAGGAGGAGGGCGACGGCGACACAGAAGACAUGGUGAUUGUGGCCCAAAACUGGGAUUCCGGCUUUUCGGACGACAGGGGCGGCCUGUACAUGCUGUCCUCCGAUGUGUCGGCCUUUACCAAUGCCGACGGCAAGGACCGCAACGAGGAAUUGUCGAGGCCGACKGACGCAUCCGAAAACUACGGACUGGUCCGGAUCAGCUCCUGGUCCUUCAGCGCGAGCUCCCCGCCCAUGGUCUACGGRGACUCGAUCUACCUUGGGGCCGCGGCCGGAACCCUCGGUGGCUUCACYGGGGAUCGCAAGAGCGAUUUGUCGGGAAUCACCUCGGGGCGGGAGCGAGACAUCGAACCCCGAUGGAACCUCCAGGUGGCACCGAAUCCACGAAAUGCCUCCCAGCGUGAGUUUUGAUUCGUUUCGUUUCGUUUCGUUUCUCUUUGUACUGUAUGGAACAAUCUAGCUACUUUUGCCUGGAGCGCAUUGCAUCGUGAUCCUCACACUAUGAACUGUUGUGGCACGGACCAAUCGCCAACUUUCACAACCAAACCCAUUCUGCGUGUGMAGCCAUCCGUAGCCAGCCCGUCUUGGAUCGGGAGGGCGAAUUGCUGGUCGUUGCGGGUGUCGACUCGGAUGUUUACGGCAUCCAAACCGAAAACGGAAGACAGGYGUGGAGGGACAACCAGGGCAGCCAGGUCCUGGCCCAGCCUCGAAUUUUCGARGCCGGAGACGGCUGGGCGAAGGUGGUAUACGUGAUCGAGACCCAGAAUGGACGCGUUCGCCAGCACGACCUCUACAACGGGCGGCGUUAUUGGGAUUACAGCUGUGCCGACAUUAGCARUCAGUUGUGCCAGGACGCMGUGGAGGCAGAUUUUGCCGUCACRGAAAGCGGGAACAACCUCUACUAYGGUGAUAUCUAUGGAAGGAUCAAUUCCUUGGAGGUUGCAAACUUUGCAACCGGUGCUCCAACGAUUUCUCCCACUYUCGGACCCACCGUCACUCCUACCGGAACACCAACGACGACAGCGGCUCCAACGGAGUCGCCCGUCUCGAAAGCAGAAAGCCCCGUGGCCGUGGCACCGGUGSCGGUCGCAUCGAGCCCMGCAUCGGGUGCGGACGAGGCCUCCUCGGAAGGACAGGACGAAGCGACCAAUGACGACGAAGGGGGAACGGGUUUGAGCGACGAGAACAACGACGAACCCUCAUCGAUUGUCGACCAGCAGGCUGCCAAAAAAGAAGAUUCCAGCAACACGCCCAUCUACAUUGGUGCCGCUAUGGCCGGUUUGUGCGUCUUGAUGAUCCCAAUCGUCAUCUUUGCGAUCCUGCGGAAGAAGCGAAAAAAGCCAUCGGAGGGCAAAGAGAUGAUUGUGGAAAUCAUCGACGAUUGCUCCGCGGGAAUUUCGGACGAAGGCGAKWCGGACCGUUUUAGCAACGAAAUCAGUGACAGUUUCAACGGAGACGGCAUCGAGGUCGAGAUGAGAAGCAGCCCAUCGGCGCCGACACGGGGAACGCCCCCCAACAAGAAGAAACGGAAGAAGAAGAAAARCAGCCUCCCGGAUACUCCCAACACGGUCAACACCCUGGCAUCGAUCGAAGAGCUCCCGGAGGAAGCAUCCGCAAUGGUUGUUGCGGGAAAAGUUCACGAUAUCGAAGAUCCUUCCAUAGAAGCCGUCAACUUGCGGAAUGCAUUCGACAAGGAAKCGCAGAGAAGGGCUCCGGGAUCCAAGUCUUUGGAGAUUGCCAUCGGUAGCGAACACGAMAACCAUUACCUGAGUGACGACGACGACGACGACAUUCCGCCGCCACCGCCGCCUCCUAUGGAAGAUUCCAACCAGUGGACCUGGGGAUCUCUGUUGCAAAUGGGAACUGCUCCGUCCUCAUYGGAGACGAACAACCCCACAGAAAAAUUCGAGCUGAAAAAAGCAAGCAAUUACRCUCACCCUCCCAAAACGGAARCAACWAUCGAAGAAUCCGWGGAAAAGGAAUCGGAUAUCGUAGAAACGGAAACUGAGGAAAUCACAGAGGUAGCUGCUUACGAAAACGCAGAAUCCCAAAGCAGAUCCGAAACUCCUGUUCCUCCAGAGGAACAAACUCCGUCGGGGCAGUCGACUGGUCAUUCUUUGAUCUCGGAUGCUGUUCAGAAUUUGUCACCCGGAAGCAUGUUUGGUUCUCCGCAKGGUUCGGAAUCGGAUUCUGUCGGAUCCGACGACGAGUCUCUGUAUACCUCUUACACGUCAAUGACUGGUGGAACACGUGAAAAGAAAGAACAGAAGGAAUUGUCACCCCUGUCGAAUUACGUUUACGACCAGGACAUCCGUCGGCGCGAUCGCACCGAAAUCGUGAACGAGGGAAGAGGCAUUCUCCACCAACCGGAUUUGUCGAAACGCCGUAGUUCUCGUGACAAAAACAAGUAUCACUUUAUCGACCACGAGGAGCAUCCCGACGACGAGAGUACUCUGGCACCCGGAAUCCAAUACAAACCCCACGUAAUAGACGAAACGGAGGGCAAGUACGGCAAAAGUGCGAGAUCGAAGCGAGACUCGGAUUUGUUCAAAGCCACGAACGCCUCUCGGAACGAAUACAGCCACACCCCUUUGGCUCAAAUGUACGACCAGCUGGCAGCCAUAGGGCAGCAGAGAAGAGAGGAGAAGAAACCUGCAUUCAAGCGAAGAAGCAAGAGAAUGGAACAGAGCAACCCUGAUCCUCCGCCGCCAAAACAGGAGGACGAACAAUCCGUGGACACAUGGGGCAGUUUUCUGAACGAGCUCGCCCAGGCUGAGCAACAAUUCUUUUCGCCAUCCAAGGGCAAUGCAAAGUCGCUCUUGAAUGACAGCGCGUCGGAAAACGGCGAUGGUACAGAAGCAGCGUGAACCUACGACGCAUGAGACCAAAAGCGGUGCACAUUGAUUUACCGAACSACACAUUACUAUUCUCAAGGCUCCACUUCUUUUCCACUAAAUUUAGGCUUGUAAA